AUGCACAACCAUCUACAGUCCUACCUUGGAGUUCCCGGAAAUGAAGUACUACACACGAGUACUGUACGCUUGGCGGAGUGCUCGGUCCAGCUCAACCAACUAGAACAUGUCACCGACCCCGACAUGUGGCAGACAAAGCUGGAAUGUUUUCUGAUGAGGGCUAGUGGGUAUGACGACGUUAUCGGCAAGAUCCAUUUGCAGAUACUCAUCGACAUGGGUCGCAAUCAGCUGGCUGUCAUAUGUGGCUACAAGGACUGGAAAGAGUGGAGAGAGUCGAAGGAGGUAUCAACUUCAGGAGAUAAGAGAGACAUGCACGCUGCGAUGAUAGCUGAAGCAAAGGCGAUUCUUCAAAAGCAGGAUUCCAACGUCUCAGAAUCUUGGAAGGUUGUUGGACAGCAGCACCUGGCUCUCAGAUAUAUCAUUAAUGGCCGCCGCAUGAGGGCCCGUGAAGAGGUUGUAGAGUACACUGCAACAAGGGAGGCUAUCCGGAUAGCUGUUUCGGACAUGGCCUAUUCAGAAAUCACCAGAAACAUGGGGGUCAUAUUUGACGCAGUUUUUGACGAAUACGACGAAUAG